AAAAAGAGUAUAACUAAACAUUUUUAAGUUUGCAUAAACCAGCAAUAAAUUAAUUGUUUACGAAAAUUGUGCUAAUUUUUGCGAAUAUAAUAGCUGAAAAAACAAAUGGCUACUGUGUUAAUAAUCGGUAGCAUUUUGCUGGUGUUAAUAUUUACCCUCUUGUACAAAUAUUUAACUAGAAAUUUCAACUACUGGAAAUCAAAAAAUGUAUUUUACGUCAAACCUAUACCAGUGUUCGGAAAUAUGCUGCCAGCCUUGACAAUGAAGACAACGCUAGGAGAAUGGUUGGGUGACUUAAGCCAUAAAAUCAAAAAGGACUACUUUGGAAUUUUCGUAUUCGAUCGACCAGUUUUGGUGGUUCAAUCCCCAAAGCUGAUAAAACUGGUACUACAAAAAGAUUUUGAAUACUUUCAAAAUAGGUCAGUGGCGCAUUACGAACACGAUCCGAUUAUGUCGAACUUUAUGUUCCUGGCUAAAAAUCCACGGUGGAAAGCAGUACGAUCAAAACUCACUCCAGUUUUUUCCACCGGAAAAUUAAAACAAAUGUUUCCACAUAUCUUAAGAGAAGGUAAUCUUAUGGUGGAUUAUAUCAGCAAUUUCGAUAAUAUGCCUAGCAUUGAAUCCAAGGAAAUUUGUGCGAAAUUUUCGACUAAUGUUAUAGCAAGGUGUGCUUUUGCAAUAGAUGCUGGAUGCUUCAAUACAGAAAAUGCCGAAUUCAGGUCAGUUAUUAAGUUUUGAUUUAUUAUUUGAUUCGAUGCAAUAGUCCUUUUUCGAGCAUUCAUGGUUUUUGCGGAAUUAUCAUGUCUGGUAUUCUACCAAUUAAGAAUUUUAAACAUCGGGAAAGUGCUGGGAUGAUUUUUAAUAAAACUUGCUGUGGAUUUCUUUCAUAUUUUGAAAAAGGUACUGCGCUCAGGCGAAAAGCUGGGUUCUUUUAUUCCGAUUUGUGAGGAACGCAACUCGACCGAAAACACUUCCAAAGGACAACCGAGCCUAAAGCCUGUGUCCCAUGCAUCCGUAACAUAUUUAUACAUAUAACAUAUUAAGACCAUGUUGGUCAGUUAAAUAUUACAAAACACUUGCCAAUUAAAUUAAUGUAAAAGAACUGUACAGCUUACUAUAUUUGAAGUUAAUGUCUGAGAUUUCUAAAUAGUAAGAAAACAGAAAUAUAUUUUUUGGGCAAAAAAAUUGUGAAUGCUACAAGAUUUUAUAAAGAGCAUAAACAUGUAAAAAAGGAACUAGUCCAUCAACACGAUUAAAUGAGCUGAUUCCAUCCGCCAAAUAAAAAGUUCUGGACGUUUUUGUA